AUGGGGCACGAAAACAAAGCCAAAAAAGCUCAUGUUCUAAUCUUUCCUUUCCCUGCCCAAGGUCACAUAAACCCUAUGCUCCAAUUCGCUAAACGCUUAGUCUCCAAAGGCGUCAAAGCCACUCUAGUCUCUACCGUCUUCCUCUCCAAGACCACGUUUUCCGACCCAACCAGCUCUAUUGAUAUCCAGACCAUAUCCGAUGGCUUUGAUGAAGGCGGGUAUAAUCAGGCUGGGAGCCCUGACGUCUACCUGCCAACUUUCUGGUCCGUAGGCUCUAAGAGUUUAGCAAGUUUAAUCAAGAAACUUGUUGAUGCUGGCCAUCCUAUUGAUGCCAUUGUCUAUGAUGCGUUUUUGGAUUUUGCACUUGAUGUUGCAAAGCAGUUUGGGAUAAGGACCGCUGCGUUUUUUACUCAAGCUUGUGCUGUCAACAGCGUGUAUUACCAUGUUAGCAAGGGACUUCUUCAGCUGCCAUUGCCGGGGCCUAAAGUUUCUCUCCCUGGAUUGCCUCCACUUGAAGUUUCCGAGUUACCAUCUUUUGUUUGCCAUCAUGGAUCGUAUCCGGCUUGGUUUGAUGUGGUUGUGAAUCAUCAGUUUUCCAAUAUUGACGAAGCUGAUUGGGUGUUUCUUAACAUUUUCUACGACUUGGAGAAAGAGGCCGUGGAUUGGAUGUCACAAUUCUGGAAUGUGAUGACCAUAGGACCAACUAUUCCGUCUAUGUACUUGGACAGAAGACUCGAAAAUGACAAACACUAUGGCAUGCAUCUCUUCAAGCCAAAGACCGGCACUUGUAUGAAUUGGCUAAGUGGGAAGCCAAAAAGUUCAGUCGUUUACGUGUCAUUUGGAAGCAUGGCAGAACUAGAUGUUGUGCAAAUGGCAGAGCUAGCUUGGGGAUUGAAAGGGAGCAAUUGCUACUUCAUGUGGGUUGUGAGGGAGUCGGAGCAGGCCAAGCUGCCAAAAAAUUUCAUAGAGGAGACGGCGGAGAAGGGUUUGGUGGUGAGUUGGUGCCCUCAGUUGGAGGUGCUGUCUCAUGAGUCGAUAGGUUGCUUUCUUACCCAUUGCGGCUUUAAUUCGGUUCUUGAAGCAUUGAGUCUUGGAGUUCCACUGCUGGCAAUGCCUCAAUGGACGGACCAAGGCACUAAUGCCAAGUAUGUAGAGGAUGUGUGGGAAAUCGGAAUGAGAGCUCGCUCUGAUGAAGAGAAUGGUUUAGUGACGAGAGAGAUUGUUAAGCAUUGCAUAAAGGAAUCAACGGAAGGAGAAAAGGGCAAAGAGGCUAGGAAGAAUGCAAGCAAGUGGAAGAAUUUGGCUAGAAAGGCAGUUGAUGAAGGUGGAAGUUCAGAUAAAAAUAUCGAUGAAUUUGUAACUAAACUACUCGGUGACUAG